AAUAAGCAGUAUUUCAUUUUAAAAGCACAAAAAAGAAAACAGAAUAAGAAAAGAAGAUGAAUAAGACAGAGGUCUUGUGUUACAGGUUGACGUUGUAUCAGGGGUCCAAGCACUUUUCAGGAAGUGUUCGCAAAUCCACCUGCUAAAACUGACGUGUGACCUAAAUUGUGAAAUAGGUUAUUUCUAACCAGGUCUGACUGUGACAUGAGCUGCUCACUUCCUGUAACAUCAGGAGAUUUAGAACUAUGAAAUAAUAUUGAUAAUGCUGGAAAUGAGAAAUGAAAACUUGUCUUUUGUCUCAGUGAACUUUAUUUAAGCCUUAAAUAAGUCUUAUUUAUCAUUUAACUCUAAAAUAAUUACCACUCACUAACGUGGUUCAUAUCGACAUCCUAAAGGACUGUAAAGGAAAUGUUAUAUAAUACACGCUCACCAUCCACUUUAUUAGGAACACCUGUACGACUGCACAUUCAUGCUGUUAUCUAAUAGUUAUCCUAUCUAAACUGUUAUCUAAUCAGCACAACGCAUAAACUCAUGCAGAUGCAGGUCAAGAGCUUCAGUUAAUGUUCACAUCAAACAUCAGAAUGAAGAAAAAGUGUGAUCUCUGUGACUUUAACCGUGGUGUGGUUGUUGGUGUCAGAUGGGCUGGUUUGAGUUUUUCAGAACCUGCUGAUCUCCUGCUGGGAUUUUCACACACAGCAGUCUCUAGAGUUUUACACAGAAUGGUGCGAAAAACAAAAAACACUGAGUGAGCGAGAGUUCUGUGGGUGGAAACGCCUUGUUAAUAAGAGAGAUCAGAGGAAAAUGGCUGAUUGGUUCGAGCUGCCAGGAAGGUAAGGUAGUAACUCAAAUAAUCACUCUUUACAACCGUGGUGAGCAGAAAGGCAUCUCAGCAUGCACAACACAUCGAACCUUGAGGUGGAUGAGCUACAACAGCAGAAGAGCACAUCAGGUUCCUCUCCUGUCCGCCAAGAACAGGAAUCUGAGGCUCUCAUGGGAACAGACUCACUGAAACUGGACAGAUGAAGAUUUAGAUUAAAGAUUAGAACAAAAAUCACCUGGUGUUUUUCCAGUUUUCAGCUGUUGGAUGAGUCUGUGGCCAUAACGAUAACACCAUAAAACAAUGAAAUAAAAAAAAAAUCCCACACAGUUACCAAGAUACAUAAAGAAACGGCUAAAGAUACAUAAAGAAACGGCUAAAGAUACAUAAAGAAACGGCUAAAUGAUCAUGUGCUCUGAGAGAAAAUGAGCAGGAAGUUAAAAUGUCAGUGUGUCAGUGUCGAGUCGUGUAGCGAAGCCAGAGGUGAUGUUUACUGGAAUACACACCAGACACCUUCUCUGUGGUGUGUGUGUGUGUGUGUGUGUGUGUGUGUGUUUGAGUAAAUCCACACCGUCAUGCCUGCUGAUUCAUCUGCACAGAGAGCAGAGUCAGAGAGAGGUGUGUUUUUGGUCUUGUUUAAACAAAACUCUCAGCUCACAAUCUUUCCUCCUGCUCUCAGUCCUGAUUGUGACACACUGAAGAAUGUAAAGCACUCACUUGCUGUUCCAAUACUUUCGGAGGGGACUGUGUGAUGGCCAGUGCAGAGGUGAAGCAGAGGCUGCAGAGGUCCAUUUUAAGUCGUCAGAGUCUUAAACAAGCCGAGACUCAACGAGAGAUGGCCCAUAUCUCUGAGCUAAAUUUACAGCAUGAGCAUCCAAACACACCUCCAUUUUCACAACACAGAAGAAAGCAGCUGAGGAGAACCGUGCUAUCAGCUAGCUUCUGCAGAUAUAAUACCUGCUUUUGGGGAAUAUUCAUUUACACACAGUCUCCAUUUUCCUCUGAAUUUGUUCUGAAGCCCAAAAACAAGAGCUCUUCAUUCAGCAGCAAGAAUCCUCUUCACAACUCGUUCCGCAGCAGCAGUAACCUCCUCGCAUGUCAGUGCUCUCCACCUUCAGAUCGGUCCGAUCACACGUCGCUGCUGCAGGACUUCAGCGUACAUACGCACCCUCAGAUGGACAGGAAUCCGAGCUUCAUCGGGCCGUUGAAGAUGUGGAUCCAGGCUCCUGUCACUGUCCCACGUGAAGACAUGUUACACCACGCCAUCUUACUGGAACAAGUGUACAUGGAUACAGCCGUGUUCACCAAUCCUCACCUGGCCGUCGUCCCGGCAGUGUGUAUCAGUGUGAGCCAGCACAGGCCGAUACAGAGAUGUCAUUCACAGCCUCUGAUCCUUAGCAAACAGCCGAGGAGAUUUCAUCAGCAUCACUGCUUACGAUUACCAGGGAAACCCUCACACACAUAUUCAAUCCCACAGAGCCUGUGUGUAAUCCCCUGUGAACAGCACCACCCAGUGGUGGAGGAGAGAACAGCAGUGCAGGAGAAGGAGAAAGUUUGGUUUACGGCUGGAGAGGACUACAGCAUGAGUCUCCAGAGCGAGUUCUGUGAAGAACCCAGAAGCAAUGAGUCGGGUUGCUCAUCACACCUGUCUCCCAGCGAUAAGUGGCAGCGCAGACAAGCUUUCAGAAUGCACAACAGAUCACAUCAGCCAGUGGCACACACCCUCUCCUCUCCUCCCGCCUACAUCCUGCCUGACACUGCUGACUCCGCCCCUGACCACGCCCACAGCACAGGUGACAACAUAGAGCACAGCACAGGGCUGGUGUAUGACCCACAUAUGCUGAAGAAGGAGUGUAUCUGUGGUAAGAGCAGCUGUGACCUUAAGCAUGCUGGGAAAAUUCCAAAGGUGUUAGUGAGACUGCAUGAAUGUGGAGUCAGUCAUCAGUGUAAGUGGAUCACAGGCAGCAAGUGCAGUGUGGAGAUGCCUUAUCAGACCAACACUUCAGCAGUGACGAUGGCAGCAAACUGUGUAAUAGAGCUCGUGCUGCUCGUGGCAGAGGGUCGGCUGAGGAACGGCUUUGCAAUAGUACAACCACAUGGACAAGAUGCCUCACACUCAUCCCCCUCUAAGUCAAUGAAUAGUUUUAAUCCAGUAGCACUUGCUGCUGAACAGCUCCGGAAAACACAUAAUAAGAGAAAGAUUCUCAUUCUUGACUGGGAUUUUCAUCACUGUGAUAUCACUCAGGAAAUGUUCUACACAGACCCGAACGUUCUCCACAUCUCUCUGCAUCGCGGCGACGGCAUGCCCAGCGCUGUGAGAGGACGAGCUGAUGAAGUGGGCUCGGGUGAAGGAGAAGGUUUUAACGUCAACGUGGAAUGGUUAUGUGGAAUGGACCCACCCAUAGGAGACGCAGAAUACUUGGCAGCAUUUAGGACGGUGAUCAAGCCGAUUGCUCAGCAGUUCUCCCCUGACGUCAUCCUGAUUUCCACCGGGUUUAACACCGUCGACGGUCAUCCAUCGUCUCAGGGAGGACUGAGAGUAUCCGCGAAAUGUUUUGGGCUCCUCACUCAGAACCUGAUGGAGCUCUCCGGAGGUCGCGUGGUCGUGGUGUUAGAGCGAGAUCAUGACGUUACGGCCGUGUGUGAGGCGUCUAAGGCGUGUAUUAACGCUCUGUUAGACAACAAGGUUGCGUCUCUGUCGGAGGACGUCCUGAUGAAGAAGCCGUGUGCUGCAGCAGUUCAUUCUCUAUACAGAGUUCUGCAGAUCCACAGUCAGUACUGGUCAUCUGUGAGAGCUCUGACACACACCGUAGGUGAGUCGUGGUUACAGGCUGAGAGGAAACAUUCAGCGCACACGGACACGGCCUCAGCCCUCGCCUUGCUCAGCAUGACCACCCCGAAUUACACCGGGUUCGGUUGUGGAGGAACCGAGCCGGUGGAGCACGACGAGGACGAGGACGGAACUCCAACGUGACCUGAUCGAGGCGAGACGAGACAACGGACCAAACGCAGAAACCUGAAACUCUCCAGGUUGUUUCCUUAUUUCUGAAGCUCUGGAAAAAAUAUCCAUUUUUUACCCGUUUUAUAUUUUAUACCCAUAUUUCUUAUGGGCUAGAGACAAAAAAGAGCUUCUAUACACACACACACACACACACACACACACACACACACACAUUAAUUAUUGUGUUGUUUUAUUGCUUGGAUAGUUUUGUGUUGUUUUUGACUUUUUUGGAAAUUUUUUUUACAGUUUUUAUUAUUUUUAAUUAAAGGUCAAAAAAUAGAUUUUUCAUGGCAUUAGCAGAAAUUCAGUCCAUUAAAAUAUGAAGAAAAUUAAAACACACUUUUACUGUUAGUAUUUGCUUUACUUAAUUUUACAUAAACAAAAUCAAAGUAUUAAAAACAAAUUUAUUUAGAUUUCUACUGUGUUCUCAUUUAUGUUUUAAAACUUCUUAAAAAAGAAUUUUAUCUGAAAUACUAUCCAAGUUAUGGCUUAAGGACAAAAAAAAAAUCCUAAAAAUAUGCCUUGAUUCAUUUGUAUUUGUUUUUUUUUACUAUUUUUGUAAAAGAUUAAUUUGCACACUCGGUUUAUUAUUAUUUUAUUUAUAGUUGAUGUUGUAGUGUGGAAGUUUUUUUAAGGAACUUUGUGUGGACGCUUAUUAACAACUUUUAUUUGUAUAAUUCAUAAAAAAAGAAAUAGAUAGAGUACACAAAUAUAUAAUGUAUAAAAACUGGAGAAAAAAUCUUUAUUAUUUUCUUAUUAAUUUCUGAAUAGACACUGUAAGUCUUUAAUGAAUUAAAAAUAAUUCACUUUAUAUUUACAUGAACUUCCUCGCAGUAAUUUUAUUUUAAUUAAAUGUAAAUUUUAUUUUAAUUUUAAUCUCGUCCUUUAGAUGCCUUUUCAAAGACCUCCAUGUGCAAUUUUUUUCAAUAUUUGGAAUUUUAAAUUAUAUUUUUAGGCUUUACAUGUGACACACGAGACCCAAACCUAUUAUAUAUUUUAUAUUUUAUAAAACCUCUGUAAAAUUUUACUUGACGGGCAGCAAGGAUUUAAAUUAUUUAAUUCAGAAUUUUGUCUUUGUUUUUGUGACAUUUUGUAGUGAUUUCUGAUUUACUCUGAUACUUUAGCUUCGACCUUUGCGUUGUAAAGUGACCUUGAGUGUCCUAAAUAAAAUGUCGUUAUUAUUACUACACAAAGGUUUUUGUUUUGUGACAUUGAAUAAAAAUAUUUCGAACUGCA